AUGGUCGCAACCACGAAACCACUUGCGCUGCCACCCAACGUCAGUAGCGAUGUCUUCGACAACUUCUUGACAGCUUGUCAUGAUGUUGGUCGCGACAACAUCGAAGUCAUAUCCUCCGCGUCCCAGAUUGACGAUGGCAACUACAUGAAGCCGAACUACACGCACGAUCCUCAUCACAUCAUGAAGCAAGACUUCUUCCUUGCUUCAGCUAUCAUCGCCCCUCGCAACGUCGCCGAUGUUCAGACUAUCGUCAAGGCCGCAAAUGAGUACCAUGUACCAUUGUGGCCCAUUAGCAUUGGGAGGAACUCAGGCUACGGAGGCGCCGCUCCACGCGUAUCUGGUAGUGUUGUCGUCAACAUGGGCAAACAUAUGAACAAGAUCCUCGAAGUCAAUGUAGAGGGUGCUUACGCUUUAGUCGAGCCAGGAGUCACAUUUCACGAUCUACAUACUUAUCUCGUCGAGAACAACCUUCGCGACAAGCUUUGGCUUGACGUACCUGAUCUUGGUGGCGGUUCAGUCCUCGGUAACACUAUGGAGAGAGGUGUUGGUUACACCCCUUAUGGUGGUAAGUCCUGCCCAUUAAAGCUUGUCACUUCCGGUCUGACGUUUUCACUAGAUCACUUCAUGAUGCAUUGCGGCAUCGAGCUCGUCUUACCGAGUGGCGAGCUCAUCCGUACUGGUAUGGGUGCAUUGCCUCACCCUCAUGAGAAGGCCGGUGUUCUCCCUCAAGACCAACCUUGGAACGACUCGGCACAGCUGUUCAACUACGGCUUCGGCCCCUACGUUGAUGGAAUUUUCACACAAUCCAAUCUGGGUAUCGCUACAAAGAUGGGCAUGUGGCUCAUGCCGAAUCCCGGUGGUUACCAGUCAUAUCUUAUCACAAUCCCUCGCGAGGACGACUUGAAGCAGGCCGUUGACAUCAUCCGGCCGCUGAGAUUAAACAUGGUCCUCCAGAAUGUACCAACAAUUCGACACAUCCUCCUCGACGCCGCUGUCUUGGGUCACAAAUCCGAUUACACCUCAGAUAUCAACAAGCCCCUCACAGAUACCGAGCUGGACGCUAUAGCUGAAAAGCUCAAUCUUGGCCGGUGGAACUUCUAUGGUGCGCUCUACGGGCCGCAGCCAAUCCGUGAUGCGAUGUGGGCUGUCGUCAAAGAAUGUUUCUCCGCCAUCCCAGGAGCGAAAUUGUACUUCCCAGAAGACCGACAGGAGGCAAACUCAAUCUUGCAUACUCGCCACAAGACUAUGCAAGGCAUCCCCACCUACGACGAGCUCAAAUGGCUGGAUUGGCUACCAAAUGGCUCUCAUCUCUUCUUUUCGCCAAUUUCUAGGGUGAAUGGCGAAGACGCAACCAAGCAAUUCGCUCUCACUAAAGCCCGGUGUCAUGAAGCUGGCCUUGACUUCAUCGGUACAUUCACAAUUGGCAUGCGCGAAAUGCACCACAUUGUAUGCAUUGUUUUCAAUCGCAAAGACGAGGAACAAAAGAAGAAAGUCGUAUGGCUGUUCAGAACGCUGAUCGAUGACUGUGCUAAGCAAGGAUGGGGAGAGUACCGGACACAUCUUGCAGCCAUGGAUCAGAUCAUGGAAACGUACUCUUUCAACAAUAACGUCUUUAGGCGUUUCAACGAGACGAUAAAGAAUGCUGUUGAUCCCAACGGCAUCUUGGCGCCGGGCAAAUCUGGGAUUUGGCCUAAGCAGUAUGACCGCAAGCAGUGGAAGCUUUAG